AUGGACACCGCAAAGAGGACGACCAUCCUUCUCUUCGGAGAUCAGACUGCCGAAUUUGCCACCUCGAUACGGCAUGUAGUGUCGACGUCCAAGAAGUCUUCGCGUGUGUUGCGAAAGUUCCUCCAGGAUGCUGUACACGUCGUUCAGAUCGAAAUACGAAAGCUUCCGUGCCAUGAGAGCAACAAGCCGCUCGAUGAUGCAGCUUUCCAGCGGCUGCUGGAAGAGCCCGAGAGCUUUGAAGACAUGGAAGAUCCCAUGGGAAUCAUGCAGACUGUCAUGAGCUGUAUAGCUCGCCUAGGAGAGCUGAUACUGUGAGGGUUGAGCGCGCAUUCGAACGCGUUGUUGCUGACAUCUUUGUUUAGUCAGGUCGAGCGCGAUCCCAGCCUCGUGAGCGACGACAAAGAGCUUCUAUCAAUUGGCCUAUGCACUGGUCUCCUGUCUGCGGUCGUUCUGUCUGCAGCUCGCAACCUCGAAGAUCUGCUUAAUCUAGCGGCUGCGAUGGUUGGAGUUGCGUUUCGAUUGAGAGUUGACCUGCAUCAUCGCUCUCGUCAGAUCGAGGCGGUUCAUGCAACAUGGGGAUACUUGGUUGUUGGAUUGGGCACGCAAGAGGCCGAGAGAGAAUUGGAAAGGUAUCACGAUGCGAAAGUGUGUUGCACCAGCGGAGAGCGUGUGGUAAGCACAACGUAUUGUCACGGUUUGGCUGACUUGUCGUGAUAUCCAGCGUGUUCCCACUCACAAGAGAGCGUACAUCGCCGUAGCUGCAGAUACCUGGAUCACAGUCUUUGGUGCGCCCUCCACCAUGCAACAUCUACUGCAGCACUCUCCCGCCUUCAGCCGCGCCUCUUCGACGAAGCUUUACAGGGCAACUGGCGCUGUGCAUGCCAAUCAUCUCCCGCCCGUUGACUUGGAGAGAGUCAUCGGUUCGUCCGAGUUGUUUGAUCGGGACGUGAGGCGGCCUAUCAGACUCUACUCGACAAGUUUCUGUUCGCCUUUCGAAGCUACGUCCAUGAGGGAUCUCCUGAGGGAUGCUCUGGAAGAUAUUCUCCACCGUCGACUAGAAUUCACCGGAACCCUGGACGCAGUUGCGAAUGCUGUGCCGCGCGAAAAUGAGGCCGAUGUGAUAUCGGUCGGAGCCACGGCCGCGGUCGCUUCGUUUCAAAAAGCCGUCGAACGAGGAGGAAUCACAAUGUCACUCAUCGACGGCGUACAGCAGAGACCACAGGAACAGGGUGUACGCAGUGGCUCCGGCAAGAUAGCUAUUGUAGGUGUCAGUGGACGAUUCCCUGGCUCGGAUUCCAGUGUGAAUGGGUUCUGGCAGGCCCUUCUGGACGAGCGGGAGAUGCACAAGAAGGUUCCGCCUGAUCGCUGGAGACUGGAUGCCUGGCAACAUGCCUUGGGGCCCGAUGCCGAGUUGCCGUAUGGCUGCUGGCUAGAACGACCCGGCGAGUUCGAUGCUCGUCUCUUCAACAUUUCACCUCGCGAAGCCGCCCAGAUGGAACCGAUUCAUCGACUGCUUCUACUGGUCACGUACGAGGCUCUUUGGAUGUCGGGAUACGCUCCUGAAGCCACACCUGCAACAGAUCGAAGGCGUAUCAGCGCUUUUUUUGGCCAGUCUUCGGAUGACUGGAGAGAUGUGAACCAUCAGCAUGGCAUUGAAACACAUUACGUUCCCUGUAUCGCUCGAGCCUUCGGAGCUGGUCGUCUGCAUCAUUACUUCAAGUGGGAAGGUCCAGCCUUCACGGUUGACAGCGCUUGUGGCUCUAGUGCGGCGGCGAUUACUCUGGCUUGCUCAGCGCUGAAUGCAGGAGACUGCGACACAGCGUUAGCGGGUGGUGGACUACUCGCUUGUUCUCCGGAUGCUUUUGCCGGGCUAGUGAAGGGAGGGUUCAUAUCGCCUACCGGAGGCUGCAAAGUCUUCCGCGACGAUGUGGAUGGGUAUUGUCGCGGAGAGGCCGUUGCUAUGGUGGUCCUCAAGCGGCUAGAAGAUGCCCAGAUGGACAAGGAUAACAUCUUGGGCGUCAUUGAAGGCCAUGCACGUAACCACUCGGCGUAUGCGCAGUCCAUCACUCAUCCUCACCAGCCGAGCCAAGAGAGCGUGUUUAAGCAAGCCUUACACGCUGCUUGCACAGACCCGCGCCAGAUUGGCUACGUCGAGGCCCACGGAACAGGAACGACGGCAGGUGACGUUUGCGAAGUCAGCGCAAUUGCAAACGCGUUGGGCACAGGAAGGACGGCACAGGAUCCCUUGAUCAUGGGAGCCGUCAAGGCGAACGUUGGGCACGGAGAGAGUGCUGCUGCUGUUGUGGUAAGUGACAAGAUCCCCCGAGGCUGCUUGAGACGUCCCCCAAAAAAAGACAACUGACCUCCUAUCCUUCUCUCCUAGGCAUUGACCAAAGUCUUGAUGGUGCUCAAAAACAGAGGACUCAUCCCAUCUCAGCCCGGAUUCGCAGACGCGAAGCUGAACCCGAGCUUCCCAGCGCUUGAAGAGAGGAGCGUCCACGUUGCGCAAGGUCGACAUCGCCAGCUGCAGCCCGGACAGAAGAUCCUCCUCAACUGCUUCGACGCUACCGGAGGCAAUACUUGCAUGGUCGUCGCGCCGCCCCCCGAGCAACCUGCUGUCCGAGACGAUGAUCCACGGACACAUCACCUCGUCGUCUGCUCUGGACAUACGUUCACCGCUAUGAAGAAGAACCAACGACGCUUGCUCGACUAUGUCAUGGCGAAUCGCAACGAGCCAGUCCGCCACCUGGCAUAUACUACCACCGCCCGCCGCCUCACCCACCAUCUGUACCGUGAAGCGUAUGUGGUCACGGACAUGGAGCAGCUUGGCCUCAGACUGUUGGAAGCACAGGCCAAUACCAAUGCUGACGCGGGCAUUGCGAGAACAAAGUCGAUCAUGUUCGCGUUCACCGGGCAGGGCUCGUGCUAUCGAUCCAUGGGCAGCGAUCUGUUCCAGACCUCGCCUAGGUUUCGCUUGACUGUGGAAAGCUGUGAGGCAGUUUGCAAAAUGCACGACUUUCCAUCGGUGGUUGCAUUCUUCACCACGCCCGACAGACGGCACUCCAUGGGCGAUGCACAUGCAGCAGCACAGGAGCAGCUUGCCCUGGUGUCACUGCAGAUCGGCCUGGUAAGCUUGCUACGGGCCUGGGGCGUUCGUCCUCAGCUUGUGCUUGGUCACAGUAUUGGCGAAUACGCCGCUCUGUACGCUGCUGGUGUCAUCUCUCUGGCCGACACCAUUUACCUGGUUGGCAAGCGGACAGAGCUCUUGCGUGACAGCUGCACGCCAAGGGAAUAUGCCAUGCUCGUAAUCGCCCUUCCCGAAGACCAAGUUCGAGGUGUGAUUGCCCGCAGUCACUUCUCCAAUACCUGCAUCUCGUGCAAGAACACGCCCACUACGACCGUCUGCAGUGGUCCUACCGCGGAAAUCGAGCGCCUGCAGGACACGUUGAAACGCGAGGCAGGGAUCAAGACUCACAUUCUGGAGGUGGCCUACGGCUAUCACUCUCCUCACGUGGCAGAAGCAGCCGAUGCUCUGAAGAAUGUCGCCAAGCAAGCUCAGUUCAAUCAUCCCGACGUCCCUGUAGCGUCCGCACUGCUUGGGGGAGUUGUUCGAAACGCAGGUACCUUCUCUGCCGAUUACUUGGGCAAUCACACGCGCCGUGCGGUCGACAUGGUCGGCGCACUCAAUGCGUGCCACACCGAAGGCCUAAUCAGCAGUGAAAGCGUCUGCGUGGAGGUUGGACCUGACGCGAUCUGUAGCUCGAUGGUGCGGAGUUGCGGUGUCAUUCAAGACACACGGCGAUUGUUACCCAUGCUACGCCGAGAGAAGUCGUGCUGGGUCACUAUUCACGAGCUUCUCGCCUCGCUGUACCUGCAUGGCGUGGAUCUUGACUGGACAUCCUUUCAUGCGGAUUUCCUCGAAAGCCUCCGCUUGGUCGAGUUGGCCCCAUACGCAUUCGAUUCGACAGACUACUGGCGCUCAUAUCAGUGUGAUGCACCACGAGCCAUCGACAGCGAAGUUCGCGUGGAGUCUGUGGUCUCCGUACCGUACCUGUCUCCCUUUCUUCACCAAAAGGUCGAGCAGGGUACCAACAAGAUGCGAUUCAUCUCCCGAGUCAGCCACCCCGAAAUGGUCGCCGUCGCACAGGGGCACUUGGUCGAUGGGACCCCCAUAUUCCCCGGCAGUGCAUUCUGUGAAAUGGGAUAUACCGCCGCAGAACAACUCCUGGAAAAUGCCAGUGCGAACCUGGAGGGGGCGUACACGUCCACUUCGGGUAUGGUCCUGACCGAGUUGGACAUGCGCCGGCCACUGAUCAUCGCCACUGCCGUCGACGAUUCCAUCAUCCAUACCUCUGCAACACUCGAUGCUACCGGCAUUCUAGUGGAAUACUCGGUAACAGCAGGCAGCGAAACAUCUGAUUUGGGGUCCCUUCGCAUCGAACUCGCGCGGGACGGCGCCAUCUGUGCAAAGACGGGGCCUACUGCUUCCUUCCUCGUGCGCUCUCGACGCGAUGCGUUGAUCGCCGCCGUCCGGCAAGGUUCUGGCCACACACUACGCCGUUCAGUCAUAUAUCGCCUGUUCUCUCGGUACAUCGGGUACGGAAGUUCUUUUCAAGGCCUGGAAGAAUGCUUCCUCAAUGAAGAAUGCACAGAGGCGGCUGCCACUGUACGACUAGUCCCCCGACCCACUGCGACAGGGGAUCCGAAGGCAUGCUCAUGUUACUGGAGGGAUACCGUUUUCCAUCUUGCCGGUUUCAUGCUCAAUGGACAUCCUGAUGCCCGCCAUGACGAGGCCUAUAUCGCUGUUGGUGUCAGCGGCAUUACCUUCGACGAGCCGCUGUCGGAAGAAGCGACGUACUCCGUCUACACCUACAUGCAACCUACCGAGACAGGUGCUAUCGGAGAUGUAUACGUUUUCCGCGACGAGCAGAUAGUUGCCCUUUGCUCCGAUAUGGUAUAUAAGCGAGUUGUCAUCGCUCGGCAUACGCAUGCGCAAUCCACGGUUCCGAAGCAGAAGAUACCGGGUCCCCCGGUGCAGCGUGCUGCUGAGUCCGCACCGGCGGUUCGCAGGCCACCGUCCCUCAGUACUGAGGAGAUCAUGGCUCAGAUCAACCCCAGCCAGACCAAGCCGGUCGAAAGCCAACACAAACCCGAGGGAAUGGGCCCCGAAAGGACCGAUGGCAAUGCACCCGAGACCGCCGAGUUGAUCCUGCGAGCAAUCGCGGACGAGACGAGUUGGCCGUAUGAAAGCCUCGAGAAUGAAGCGCGCCUGGCUGAUUGUAAGUACACUCACGAGCGCAUCUGCUACCAUCGCACGUCUCGAAGCCGUACUGAUACUAAUCAUGUGUAGUGGGCGUUGAUUCCCUGAUGAGCAUCGUCAUCACAUCCAAGCUCCGCUCUCAACACGGCGUCGAAAUGCCAUCCGCCAAGUUCCGUAAUUGCGAGACCGUUGCAGAUGUUCGCCGGAAUUUUGGCAAGACGACAGGAGGUAGAACGGAACCUAUCCCAGCGUCUCGGGCUGGAGGUGUACCCGCCGAAGAUGUCGCGACGCCUGAUGUGCAUCUGAGCAUCGACUCCGUGACCACGAGGAGCGACGCCCCGGAGAGAGCUACCUCGUCACGCUCAAAUCCGUCGUCAGAUUCAGAACCAUCGUCCUCGUCUACUCUUGGUAGCAUCGGCGAGACCAGGAGCUUUGCACUUGCUGAGAACGAUCCUACUCUGGCAGCCGAACACAGCGUGGAGGUAUUCCUGAUCAGCGACUCGUCGGACCAUGCGGGCCCGCCUCUGUUUCUCGUACCCGACGGCUCUGGUUCUAUCACCUCCCUCCUCGCACUCCCGCAAUUCCCGUCCGGCAUCACCAUCUACGGCUUGCAUUCGCCGUGGGUGGAUGACCCAGGAGCCUUCACAUGCACCAUUGAGCAGGCCUCACGCCUCUAUCUGGAGGCAGUCCGAGCCAAACAGCCGCAUGGGCCUUACUUGUUUGGCGGGUGGUCCGCGGGCUGCGUCUUCGCAUACGAACUGGCCAAACAACUCCUGGAAGCCGACGAAGAAGUCCUGGGCCUCAUCAUCAUCGACAUGCACGUUCCCAAACCCCUGCCGGAAUGGAUCGACACCACCAAGGAGCUGUGGGAAUUCUGGUGCCAAGCCACCGGGCUGGACAACGUCUUCGCGCCCCUCCCCUCCGGCAAAGGCCUCGAGGAGCACCUGAUCCAGAACUUCCGCGCCCUGAACAAAUACCAGCCCAUUCCCAUGAAGCCCGGCAAGCGGCCGAAGCACGGCACGCUGAUCAUCUGGGCGACCAAGGGCAUGGGCAAUGCGCGGAAGGAGAACUCUGGGGACUUUCCCGACCCGCUGGGUAUCGGCAAGUGGUUCUGCUUCGAUCGGACUGAUUUUAGCCCUCGCGGGUGGGAUGUCCUGGUCGGAGAUCAGGUCGAAUGCGUGGCGAUUGAGGGCAAUCAUCGCAGUAUUAUGGUACGAUCCUCCCCCCUUUUUCACCCCUCCAAAGUACAGAUGUCAUUUGCGGGCAUUUGACUAAGCCUCUCCGUGUACAGGUACCUCCGGAAGCCGAAAACCUCGUUCGAGUCAUUGAGAAGGGUCUCGCUAGAUUUCUGGGACGUAGCUGA